AUGGGACGGGAUACAAGAAAAUCACUCACUGAUGAAUACGAAGUGAGUGAAGUUCUGGGCAGGGGAGGAUUUUCAGUUGUACGAAAAGGGAUUCAGAAAUGCAGUGAAGGAAAUACAAGAGUCGCGAUUAAAACUUUGAGAAGAUUUGGCCCAUUUAUGCCUUCUCCAGGAUCCAGAAAUUCGAAAAAUUCAAAUCAGGCUUUGAUUUCCAAUGCUUUGUUAACUAAUGAACUUUUAGUGAUGAGGAAAAUUGUUGAAGAUGUUUCUCCACAUACAAAUGUAAUUCAUCUUCAUGAUGUCUGUGAAGACAGUGGUGGCGUUCAUUUGAUUUUGGAGCUUUGUUCUGGACUUCUGGGGUGA